AUGGUUUCAUUUAAGUCUCUCGGCUUAUUCUUCGCUCUCCUCUUGUCUUCUUCUUUUCUCUUGGUGGACGCUGACCCCAAUGUUAUCUGCAGUUUGGUAAACAAAGAACGCGCUAAAGUCGGUAGCCCUCCUGUGGUCUUGGAUGAUCGUUUGAUGACCGUCGCCGCACACCACAACCAAUUCUGCAUCAGUCACAAUCUUCUCACCCACGACGAUUCCGAAGGUGAUCUCGGCACCAGAUUCCAUAAGUAUGGAUAUGAUUUCUCCUGCGCCGGUGAAAAUGUUGCCCAAGGAUUCGAUGAUGGUGACAACGAAGGAGUCAUGAAUGCUUGGAUGAACUCCCCUGGACAUCGUGCAAACAUCCUAAACCCUUCUUUCAGACAUCUUGGUGUCGCCUGCGGAGGUGGUUUCUGGACCCAAGACUUUGGUAAUACACUUGGUUCCGAUACCAAACCCGCCAAAGGUGGUGAAAGUGACCCAAGUUCAGAAUCAAACCCUGCACCAAAAACACACCGCCACAAGAGACCCCACAAGAAGACCAUCAUAAAAUACGUCAAAAAACCCGAUG